AAAUGGAAGACAAUAACUAGAUGAGAAAACAUGUUGAAGUUACUACUUAAAGUCAAUACAAUUUUUCGCUCAUGUUGUUCCAUUUGUCCCCUGCUUGACCAUGAUAGAAUAGACGAACUUUCCCCUUGUGGUCAUCAUUGUUUUGUCACUAUAACCUCUACCAAUAACGUCUUUGUUGCAUAUAAUUGUUUUUUCAUUCAUCUUAACCUGCAAAAUCGUUGCUUGCAAAUGGAAACCUCACUGCCUCUAGCCACUGAUAGCUUCUCUUAUGGUUGGUUAUCAAACUGCAAACCCUUUGCAAAUGACCUUCAGGAGUCAUCUACCUGCAAUUCCCCAUUAAUGGAAGAAUGGAAAAGCUUCAAUUUUGAUAUUUCCUUCACUCACUCCCCUUCUGUUCUUGCUCAUGCUGAUGAACUUUUCUCUAAUGGCCUUAUCAAGCCAUUAUUCGCUGACCCUUCCAAGUUAGACUCCUGCAAAACCAUCCUAGCUUCCACACACCAAUCCGAGCCUGUUUCUUCCUUUUCUUCUAGACUUGUUUCUCCAAGAACUGUGCAAAUUCAUCAUGGUUUUCUCACAAGGUGGAAAACCUCCACAUGUAGAACCUUGAGAAACCUUUCUAGGUAUGUCAACCAACUAUGCCACAGAGUUGGAAGCUCCAGGAAAAAUACUAAAGUUGAUGAUUUUGACAAGGAAGAGUGGCUUGUUAAUAGCUGGAGCAGUUCACACCAAGCAUCUUCAAAAUCAAACUCUAUCAGUCCAAUUGGUGCUUUGCAUGAUCAUGAGAACUCAAUCUAUGAAGCAGUUCUCCACUGCAAAAGAUCAAUAGAAACAUAAUAAAGAGAAGAUAAUUGUAGAGCUUCCAUGGGUGGUAGCUGAUAAAGCAUGUCUACUGGUUCUUUGCAUCAUUUCUCUCUUGUUCACACUCGGUGUUAUUUUUCUUUGCAUAAACAAGAAGAGGUGCCUUGUCAGAUACCAACCGCAGGGUUUAUAAAUUCAAAUUUCAGAAAAUGUUGGAUUGGAUCCUACUGCUUCAUGGUUUUGUACAGAUAUGAUAGCACAAACUGCGUGUUGUAUUCGUAUAUUUAACACAGAUAACAGUGUUCUUCUUCUUCUUCU